AGUUAAAAAAAAUAAAUAAACUCACUUCCACCAUUGUCGUCGAGCUCUCUCUCUCUCUCUCUCUCUCUCUCUCUCGGAGAAUUUCUCUACCUAAUUCAACCAAGCGCCAGCUCAAAUUUAGCUCCCGCUCCGUUGACUCCAAUUUCUUCUCAAUUUCAUCGAUUCUUCUUGGCGAAUUCCCCCCAGAUCUCCCGGCGAUGGAAGAGGACGACAAGGCCGCGCUGUCUCGGAAGCUGAUCGAUCUGGUUGGCGAAAUCUCGGCCUUCUCCGACUACAGAGCCUCCGUGAAGAGGCAGUACACCAAUCUAGCUCGGCGGCUGAAGCUGUUGACCCCAAUGUUCGAAGAGAUUCGCGAUUGCAAGGAGGCGCUGUCCGAGGAUUCGAUCAGAGCGCUGGCGGAGCUCGCAGGCGCGCUGGAAUCGGCCAAGGAGUUGCUCCGCUUUGGCAGCGAGGGGAGUAAGAUUUAUCUGGUCUUAGAGAGAGAUCAAAUCAUGAAUAGAUUUCAUGAAGUGACAGCUGAGUUGGAGCGAGCUCUAAGUGGCAUUUCUUUUGAGAAACUUGACAUAUCAGAUGAAGUUAAGGAACAGGUUGAGCUUGUUCUCGCUCAGUUCCUAAGAGCCAAGGGAAGGGUAGAUGCACCAGAUUCUGAGCUGUAUGAGGAUCUGAUGUGUAUUUACAACAAGAAUAAUGACGCCGGAGAAGAUACAGAUGUAUUAAGGAGGUUGGUUGACAGACUACAGCUUAGUGAUAUUGCUGACUUAACCCAAGAAUCACUAGCUUUGCAUGAGAUGGUUGGAGCCACUGGUGGAGACCCAGAGGAGAGCAUAGAGAAGAUGUCAAUGCUGUUAAAAAAAGUUAAGGAAUUUGUGCAGUCAACAAAUCCGAAUAUUGAUUCCACCACAACUGAGAAUUCUACCCCAACAAGUAGUGGUGGAAAAGUACUGACAAAUCAGAAGAGCCUUGUUAUACCAAAUGACUUUCGAUGUCCUAUCUCCUUAGAGUUGAUGAAGGAUCCUGUCAUUGUCUCAACAGGACAGACAUAUGAAAGGUCGUGUAUCGAGAAAUGGCUGGAAGCAGGGCAUAGUACCUGUCCCAACACACAGCAAGCUCUCACUAGCAAUGCUCUAACACCAAAUUACGUUCUUCGAAGUCUCAUAGCUCAAUGGUGCGAAGCAAAUGGCAUUGAAGUACCCAAGAGACCGGGCAGCUCUCGCCCCAAGGCUGGAUCUGCAUGCUCCCCUGCAGAGCGUUCCAAGAUAGGAGCCCUUCUCUGUAAGCUUACAUCCGGCAACCCUGAAGAUCAACGGUCUGCAGCAGGUGAAAUCCGUCUCCUUGCAAAGCGUAAUGCUGACAACCGUGUGGCUAUAGCUGAAGCUGGCGCCAUCCCCUUGCUUGUCCAGCUUUUAUCGACUCCUGAUUCCCGCACACAGGAGCAUGCUGUUACUGCCCUUCUCAACCUUUCCAUAUUCGAAGAUAACAAGGGAAGCAUAAUAUCCUCUGGUGCCGUGCCUGGUAUAGUGCACGUGCUCAAGAAAGGGAGCAUGGAAGCGCGGGAAAAUGCUGCUGCCACACUGUUUAGCCUCUCGGUGAUUGACGAAAACAAGGUAACUAUCGGUGCUUCAGGGGCAAUUCCUGCAUUGGUGGCGCUCCUCAGUGAAGGCACCCAAAGGGGGAAGAAAGAUGCCGCAACAGCGCUCUUCAACUUGUGCAUAUACCAAGGCAACAAGGGUAAGGCCGUGAGGGCGCGCGUCAUUCCCACAUUGAUGCGACUGCUCACCGAGCCUCAAGGCACCAUGGUGGACGAAGCGCUCGCGAUUCUGGCGAUACUGUCCAGCCACCCCGAAGGAAAGUCAGCCAUUGGAGCUGCCGAGGCAGUACCCGUUUUGGUGGAUGUCAUCGGCAACGGCUCAGCCAGGAAUAAAGAGAACUCUGCCGCCGUGCUGGUGCACCUGUGCUCGGGCGACCAGCAAUACCUUGCCGAGGCCCAGGAACUCGGUGUGAUGGGGCCACUGCUUGAAUUGGCGCAGCAUGGGACGGAGAGGGGCAAGAGGAAAGCCACCCAGCUGCUCGAGCGGAUGAACAGAUUCGUAGAGACACAGAAGGCAGCACGGGCAGCGCAGGCGGAGAAUCAAACACAGAAUCAGGCGUCCCAACCGCCGUCGUCCGGUAACGCUGAGAUGAGUUGAUGAUUCUUGAUUUUGUUGAUUGUUGUUGGUUUUGAGUCAUAGCUUGGAUAGAGGGGCAAAGAUGGAAGAUCAUCUGCCCAUCCUAAUUAAAGUAAUUUAUUGUUUUUAAGUAGAGAGAGAAGAAAGUGAAAGUGGCCAAGCUAUGACAUAUUGUGAAUUGCCCAUUGAACCAUGUAUAAUACUUCCUACAAGUGUAAUCAUCAUCCUCAGUUUUUAUUUAA